CCGCCGGCUCCGCUUCAGUCCCUCUUCCUCCUUCUCUGCCGGGCGCGUGGAGAAAGCGGUCCUGUCCAGUCUGUCUCCUAGUCAUCCGAACUAAUACAAUCACCCCAAAAAACAACAACAACAAAACAAUGACCACUGCACAGCCCAUAUUCUCCAAAGGAGAAGACUGCAAAGCCGGAUGGCAUGACGCGACAGCCGGGUACAACGAGGCGGACACCCACCUGGAGAUUUUGGGCAAGCCCGUCAUGGAGCGCUGGGAGACUCCGUACAUGCACUCGCUGGCCUCCGUGGCGGCGUCUAAAGGUGGUCGGGUUCUGGAAAUUGGAUUUGGCAUGGCAAUCGCCGCCACCAAAGUCGAGUCAUUCCCCAUCGAGGAGCACUGGAUCAUCGAGUGCAAUGACGGCGUGUUUGCAAGGCUGCAGGAGUGGGCCAAAUCUCAGCCACACAAGGUUGUGCCUCUGAAGGGUCUCUGGGAGGAUGUGGUGUCCACCCUACCUGACAACCACUUUGAUGGUAUCUUGUACGACACGUACCCUCUGACAGAGGACACAUGGCACACACACCAGUUUAACUUCAUCAAGGGCCAUGCUCAUAGACUACUGAAAGCCGGUGGAGUCCUCACAUACUGCAACCUGACUUCCUGGGGAGAGUUCCUCAAGACCAAAUACGACAACAUCGAGAAGAUGUUCGAGGAGACCCAGAUGCCUCAUCUGCUCCAAGCUGGUUUCAAGAAGGAGAAGAUUAGCACCACCACCAUGGACAUUGUACCCCCCAGCGAAUGCAAAUACUAUUCUUUCCGCAAGAUGAUCACUCCCACUGUUGUCAAAGAGUAAAAGUCUGAAGACACAA